AUGCAUCUGGCAAAACCAAGUUGGCUCGGGCACUUUGACGACAAAAAUCAGAGAACUUCGAUCUUUUCGGUCCAUGUUCACCCUGACGGAUCUCGUUUAGCAACUGGAGGUCUCGGUUCAGUACUCUGCGUCAGAUGGUCAAACAAAGAUGGCCAAUAUUUGGCCUCAGGUUCAGACGACCAACUUAUUCUGAUAUGGGAAUGGGAUAGAUCGACUGAAGGGUGGUCGGGAGGAAGUGUGUUUGGGAGUGGCGAACACAAUAUUGAGAAUUGGAAACCAGUAAAACGACUCUCAGGGCAUCAAUCGGAUGUAGUUGAUCUUGCUUGGUCAAGAAAUAAUACCUACUUGGCAUCAUGCGGAUUAGACAGCUUGGUAUUCAUAUGGGAUGGCAAAACGUUUGAAAAAUUACAUAAAUUAGAUCAGCAUCUUGGAUUUGUUAAAGGUGUCACAUGGGAUCCUGUGGGCGAAUAUCUUGCAACAGAGUCUGAUGAUAAAACGGUUAAAAUAUGGCGAACCACUGAUUGGACUGUGCAAGCUGAAAUCAGUGAACCUUACGCAAGCUCUCCCACAACUACUUUUUAUCGCCGUCUUAGUUGGUCCCCAGAUGGUUCUCAUGUCGCAACGGCAAAUGGUGCACAAGGCGCGGUAGCCAUUGCAGCUAUAUUUAAUCGAGGAGAAUGGCGUACUGAUAUAUCUUUAGUGGGGCAUGAUUCUGCGAUCGAAGUUGUGGCGUUUAAUCCAGUUAUUUUUAUGAUACCUGACAGUGAUGAUGCAGACCCCAAUUCGGAGACUAUGGGUAGUGUAUGUGCUGUGGGAAGCCAAGACCAUAGUAUUUCCGUAUGGGUAACGAGGAAUGCCCGCCCACUCUUUGUUUGCCAAAAACCUUUUGAUCAUAGUGUAUUGGAUUUAGCAUGGUCACCUGAUGGUACACAACUAUAUGCGUGUUCUUAUGAUGGAACCGUGGUUGUCUUGCAAUUCCUUAAUAAAGAAUUUGGCACUCGGGUGUCAGAAGAGGAACAUGAAAAGCUCCUUUCAAAGUAUGGAUUCACGGCAAAGGAACCGAUUAUUCUUGAAAGUACCACUCAACUUAAUUUAGAAAGUGAAUAUGCAAUUGCAAAACGUAAAGAGAAAUCGGAUCAUAUGGCUAAUAUGAUGGCACCCACGGAUUCUACAACUGUUGAUAUGGAAAUUAGCACUUCUGAAACAAGCAAUAAUUUAGCUACUGGCUCAAAUACUACUGACUUUGGGUCUUCAACUAUUCUACCACAUCCAUUACCAUCAAUUGAAACGCAGCAACCAAUUAAUGAUAAUGAAGCAUCAAAAAACAUUAAUGGAGUAUCAACUUUAGCAUCCAACACAACGACAAAUGCUGCUAUACCCCAGCAAACUGUUACUGUAACAAAAGACGGGAAAAGGAGGAUUCAACCUCAAUUUUUGAGAAGUCUCACCUCAUCUACCCCUCAACUACAACCGAACAUAUCUUCAACUUCUGAACAAAUUGUUGCUGAAUCAUCUACAUCAAGUAAUGGCCCUACAAGCGUUCCCACAAUUUUAAAUAAUCAUCAAAAAUCGUCAUCUGAAGAUAUAUUAAGCAGUGAGAUGGAUGCCCCUUCUCGUGCCUUGCCACCUGGCGGAAUUUCUACUCUUGUUAUUGGGAAUAAACGAAGUGCUUCGUCGGCAUCAGAUAUAACUACUCAAUCUAGCAAGCGGCAAAACAUAUCCAGGUCACAAUCAGAGAUUGACCUACAGCCAAGUGUUUUAAGAUCAUCCCUAGUUUCUCCAUCCGUUGCAAUGUCACAAGUAAGAUUAGCUACUCAUAAGGUUUUGAAUUACCUUGCUAAGGAUCGCCUCGAUGGUGCAACAUUAAAAUUAGAAUGCUACAAUUUUAAUGAAAAUACACCAUCUCAAAUAAUGUGCACUCGUGGUAGAACCACUAUAUGGUUUGACUACGUCCCGAGUGCGGUGAUACUUAUUACCGGUCAUUCUCAAUAUUCUGCUGUUGCUUGUGAAGAUGGUAGUAUAUAUAUAUACUCUGCUGCCGGUCGACGGUUACUACCGGUGAUAAUGCUCGAGUCAUCCGCUUCGUUUCUUGAAAUAUGUCGAGAUUAUCUAUUGGUUUUAACUCAAGUAGGGUUACUUAGCAUUUGGGAUUUACGAAACCUUAAAGCGAUCGUACAUUCUGUGUCCAUUGCGCCAAUACUUUCCUCCGCAUCAUUAAAUUCGGAUGAUUUUACUUCCUCUGUGUCAAUAAUAAGUGCACAUGUCAGAUCUAAUGGGAUCCCAUUAUUAAUCACGAGUACAAAUGAUGCAUGGUGUUAUCAUUUUGACAUGCAUGUUUGGACGCGUGUGUAUGAUCCACGAUAUACGUCAAAAGAUUCAACUGGAUCGGAAGUUGGUGAGGUUAACGAUGGUGGCAUAUUGGCAACUCUUGAAAAUUACGCAAGGCAAGGGAGUGCAAAAAAUCUUGGGUCAUUGUCACACUUGAGACGAUUGAGUGGAAAUGAUACUCCGGGACAACCAAAUCAUAUGAUUGGUUAUUUAGAAAAUCAGCUUAUUUCCGCUGAAUUAGUCAAUUCUCCUGUAGAGUAUAAAAAAUUGUUGUUCCAAUAUGCACAGAAAAUAGCUGAUGAAGAGGCAGAAUACAGAUUACAUGAACUAUACGAUUUUGGAGGUCGCGCAAAAUCAAAUUGGGAUCCAUUUUUAAUGGGAAUGUCGAAGCGUCAAUUACUUGAAGAAGUAUUGACAGUAUUGUCAUCCAAUCGUUCUUUACAACGCCAUGUAACAGAAUAUAAAAAUGCUCUUAAUAAGGUUCUGAAUUUAGAUUAA